AUGUGUGACUUUGUGAUUUUUCAGGAUGACCGGACAUCUCCCUCCAUUGACACGUGGCGAGUGAUGAAUCGGAAACCUGGGAGGGUUUGUCGGAGUCUUUUUGGUCCGGUCGACCGGGAGCAGGUCGCAGCUGAGCUGAGGACUGAGUUGCGGACUCAGCUGGAGGCAGCCAAGAAGCGGUGGGCGUUUGACUUUGAGCGGGAACGGCCAGUGCAGGGGGCCCUCCAGUGGGAGGCAGUGCCGAGUCACGCCGUCCCACAUUUCUAUCGGACCUCUGUGUGUGGUGGCCCACAAAAGGGACUGCCAAGCGAGGCUGGGGAGAGGAAGAGGUCACCGCAGCAGGAAUCUAACCAACCACAGAAAGCUCAGAGCCGUAAGAGGAAGCAAACUGUCAUCACAGGUAACGCGUAACGACAAGGACGUUGGCCUGAGGGGGUUAACUCGGAGGCCCUUUGUAUCUGAAAUUUAUAUUGACAGACCCUGGGGUUCUGGUGGGGCAGUGGUAGUACCCUUACCUCUUAGCUAGGAGGCUAGGAUUCAAGUCCCUCCUGCACUAGAGGUGUGUAAUAACAUCCCUGAACACGGUACGCAAUAAUAUACAUGACAGUCCCUGGACAAAGUUGGCCAGGUCCAGAUUAAUUCCUGGAAUUAGAUCAAUACAUGAAGAGAGACUGGAUUAGCUAGGACUAUAUUCAUUGGCAUUUUAGAACAAUGAGUGGGGGUUCCCAUAGAAACUGAUCAAACUCUGACAGGGUAAACACAGGAAGGAUGUUCCCGAUGACCAGGAAGUCCAGGACCAGGGGGGGUCACAGUUUCUGGAUACAGGGUCGGCCAUUUAGGACAGAAUGAGGAGAAAUGUCUUCACAGUAGGGAGUCUGUUCAAUUCUCUAGCCUAGAAAGCAGUCGUGACCAAAACAUUGAACAUUAUCAACAAGGAGUUAGAUCUUUUCCUUAGGACAUUCCUGAUGAAGGGCUUAUGCCUGAAACAUCGAUUCUCCUGCUCCUCGGGUGCUGCCUGACCUGCUGGA